UCCACCUACACUCGCUGACAUUUGAUGACUCGCUGCCAUUGGUCCUAAUCUGUGCACUCUGACCCCUCUCGGUCAGCUAUUGCACCUCAUUCCACAGGGUCUGCAAUGUGUCUGCAUGCCCGGCUCCACGCCCAACCACAUGUACACAUCCCUGUGACACUCGUGGCCCAACCCCAAAUAACUUCCACUCCGACUGACCUACUCACUGCACAAGCAGGGACGGGGAGGAAGGAGAAAGUGUGUGAGGAAGAGUGACGUGUGAAAGCUGCCUUGGACGUGGAUUCAGAGCGAGUGUCGCGCAGCAGCAGACACAACGCGCACCUGUCUGGACUGUUAAUAUCGAUUCCGGGCCGGAGCGUUUCAGCCGGAAGAUUUGACUUGAUCGUGUCCCUUAACUUGACUGACAGCUGGUGGAUAAACAUCCUGGUCUCACAAGAAGUUCUUGUGUCACAAACACUGACUGGUGCACAGCGGUGGAUAUUUUUGACCGAUGACUCGGUGUGAUCUUCAGCACAGAGGUGAGUGUGUGUGACUGCCUGGCCAGCUUUAGACUCAAUAGAAGACCUCAAAGAGAGUCAGGAUAGUCGUUUUCGUACUUUGUGUCUCUGGAACACAGUUUCAUCAACAUCAGAAGACUCACAACCAAUUACAACAGCACCUUAAAGGACCCGAGAGUCUGGAUGCUGGAAUGAGAAAGACAUCUCUGGAUGCAACAAUCACAUCCUUCGCUCCUUCCCUCUUAUUUUUGUGGGAUUGGUUUGGACUUUAAGCUUGAGCGGAAACAUUUUAAGACUCUGAACUCCACCUCAUCCUCUCUACUGCGCAUCAAGAACCCUGAAGGUUCAACCCCUUGAAGAACGGCACCAACGUCUCCCUGCUCUCCUGCACCCACCCGGUGAUGGAUUCACAGGGCGGUCCGUACCUCAACACGAGGGCCCUCUGCUCACCCCUGGGUGCCGCCCGCCUCUGUCAGCUAGCCAUGGGCUGUGCAGUGAUCGCCAUGGUAACCCACAGCGCGGGCUACAGCGGCUCGCAUGGCGUGUUCUGUAUGGCGGCGUGGUGCUUCUGCUUCGCCAUGACGGUGGUGGUGUUUUUCCUGGACGCCACUCGUCUCUACAGCUGCCUCCCUAUUUCCUGGGACAACCUCACCGUCACGUGCGCUGCCUUCGCGACGCUCAUGUACGUGACAGCCUCUGUGGUCUACCCGCUCUUCUUUGUCCGCUCUGAGUGCCCCUACGCCGGCUGUGAAGUCCGAAAUUUCCGCAUCGCUGUGACCGUGUGCUCCAUCCUGGGUGCUCUGGCCUACGGGGCCGAAGUGGCCUUGUGCCGAGCCAGGCCGGGCCAGGCUGUGGUGGGCUACAUGGCCACCGUGUCAGGCCUCCUCAAGGUGGUCCAGGGCUUCGUGGCCUGCAUCGUCUUUGGCGCCGUGGCCAACGGGAGCGAGUUCUCCCGUCACGGCGCGACGAUCUUCUGCGUCGCCGUGUACGCCUUCUGCUUCGCUCUGACCGCGCUGGUGGUCGUCAUGACGGUGUGCGGGCGGACGAAGGCCGUGCGCUGCUUGCCCUUUGACCGCUUUGUGGUUGUGUGCACCCUCCUGCAGGUCCUGCUCUACCUGAGCGCGUCGGUGGUGUGGCCGGUGUUCUGCUUCGACGCAAAGUACGGCUCCCCGUGGAGGCCGUCGUCGUGCCCUCAGGGGAGGUGUCCAUGGGACAGCAAGCUGGUGGUGGCUGUGUUCUCCUUCGUCAACUUUGGACUGUAUGUGGCGGACCUGGUCUACUCUCAGAGGAUUAGAUUUGUCUCUUCCCAUACCUCGCGGGCCUAGCACACGUCGCUAUCAUGUUGGCUUAACAGCGCGUUUACCUGCGUCCAUGUUGAUUUGGUUUGUGCAUUUAUUGGAUGUUUAAAGACAGGACAUAU